GAACCUUCUAGAAGAUCUAUCAUGUUUUGUACAGGUGAACAGUUGGUAUGCGUGAAUAGAUUUUAUCUGUUUGUGGGUGUGUAUAUGUGUAUGUGUGUGCAUGUGUGUGUGGAUGUGUUCCGUGACUUCUGCAGAUCCUCCUCUGUAGACUAAACCGGUUCCAGCUGUAGUAAAAGUGAAACUCCAUUUUGUGAAGAAAGGACGUAAAAGGUUCACAGGAGAAAAACACAGUUUGCAUGUGUAACCUGUAGGAGGAGACAUGACCUCCAAAAUGAGUGAACAGGAGAGAGAGAAAGACGAGAGUCUGAUUCAUGGUAAGAGAUCAGACUCACCUGAACCCAGCUGUGUGUCCAUGAAGAGUGACUGGUCAAUGGAGCUUCCAAGAAACUUUAGAGACACAGACUGUGCUACUGAACUGAGACCGCAGAAGAAUAAAUCAGAAGUCACUGUGAAAAGUCAUUUAGAGGACACAUUCAAGGAGCUGGAGCACAAAAUCAUCACUCUGUUAAAGAAUGAGCUGAAGAGAUUUAAGAAGCUCCUGAGUCCAGAUUACCCAGCAUGCUCUGAGAGGGAGGUGGAGGAUGAGGAGGAUCAGAGCAGUGUCAGAGAGGGAGUGCUGAAGAUCACACUGCACUUCUUGAAGAUCUUGAACCACGCAGAUCUCGCUAACACACUUCAGAACAAACUCUUCUCUGUGUACCAGCGAGAACUCAAAUCCAGACUGAGAGAGAAAUGUAAAAGAAUUAAUGAAGGAAUCUCCCAGCAUGGAAGCUCAGCACUUUUGAAUGAGAUCUAUACAGAUCUCUACAUCACAGAGGGUUGGAGUGGAGACAUCAAUAAUGAACAUGAGGUGAGACAGAUUGAGACAGCUUCCAGAGGACCAGCAAUACAAGAGACACCUAUCAAAUGUAAUGAUGUCUUUAAAGGCGAGUCCAUCAGAAGAGUGCUGACUAAAGGAAUUGCUGGAAUUGGAAAAACAGUCUCUGUGCAGAAGUUCAUUCUGGACUGGGCUGAAGGAAAAGCAAAUCAGCACAUCACCUUCAUGUUUCCACUUCCCUUUAGAGAGCUGAAUCUGAUGAAGCAGGAACAUCUCAGUUUGAUGAAUCUUCUUCAUCACUUUUUCCCAGAAAUGAAAGAAUUACGAUUAAUAGACAGUGAGAUCAACAAAGUCCUGUUCAUCUUUGAUGGUCUGGAUGAGUGUCGACUUCCUCUAAAUUUCCAGAACAAUGCGAGAUUGUGUGAUGUGACAGAGUCAGCCUCAGUGGAUGUGCUGCUGACAAAUCUCAUCAAGGGGAAUCUGCUUCCCUCCGCUCUCCUCUGGAUAACCUCUCGACCAGGAGCAGCCAAUCAGAUCCCUCCUGACUAUGUAGACCAGGUAACAGAGGUACGAGGCUUCAAUGAUCCUCAGAAAGAGGAGUACUUCAGGAAGAGGAUCAGUGAUCAGAGCCUGGCCAAUAAAAUCAUCUCACACAUGAAGUCUUCAAGAAGCCUCUACAUCAUGUGCCACAUCCCAGUCUUCUGCUGGAUCUCAGCCACUGUUCUAGAGAGAAUGUUGGGUCAAGCAGAGAGUGGAGAGGUCCCCAAGACUCUGACUCAAAUGUUCACACACUUCCUGAUCUUUCAGAUCAAACACAAGGACCAAAAGUAUCAUCAGAAAUAUGACCCUGAUCCUCAGCAGACCAGAGAGAGUAUCCUGGCACUGGGGAAACUGGCUUUCCAACAGCUGGAGAAAGGAAACCUAAUCUUCUAUGAGGAAGACCUGAGAGAGUGUGGCAUUGAUGUUGGAGAAGUAGCAGUGUACUCAGGAGUGUGUAUUCAUAUCUUCAGAGAGGAGUUUGGGCUUCACCUGGGGAAGGUGUUCAGCUUUAUCCAUCUGAGUGUUCAGGAGUUUCUGGCUGCUUUAUACGCAUUUCUCUUCUUCAUCAACAAAAAGAUUGCAAAACAACAAACCUCGUCUGGUUUUUUCACCAAGUCAACCAUGUCUGAUUUCCUCAGGGGUGCAGUGGACAAGGCCUUACAGAGUGAGAAUGGACACCUGGACCUGUUCCUCCGCUUCCUUCUAGGUCUCUCACUGGAGUCCAAUCAGACUCUUUUACGAGACCUACUGCCCCAGACAGGAAGCAGCUCUCACAGCAAACAAGAAACAGUUGAGUACAUCAAGGAGAAGAUCAGGAAGAAUCCAUCUCCAGAGAAAUCCAUCAAUCUGUUCCACUGUCUCAAUGAACUGAAUGAUCAUUCUCUAGUGCAGGAAGUCCAAAAUUACCUGAACAGAGGAGACUCCUGGUGUCUCAGAGGAGUCACACUCUCUCCUGCUCAGUGGUCAGCUCUGGUGUUUGUGUUGCUGAACUCAGAAGAGGAUCUGGAUGUGUUUAAUUUGAGGAAAUAUUACAGAUCAGCGGAAGGUCUUGUGAAACUGCUGCCAGUGGUCAAAGCCUCCAGAAAAGCUGAGUUGUGUUGGUGUGAUCUCACAGAGGAAAGCUGUAAAGUUCUGUCCUCAGUUCUCAGAUCAAACUCCUCCAGACUGAGAGAACUGGACCUGAGUAGCAAUAAACUGCAGGAUUCAGGAGUGAAUCUGCUCUUUGCUGGACUGGAGAAUCCACACUGUAUACUGGAGAUACUGAGGCUGUGUGAGUGUGAUCUCACAGAGGAAAGCUGUAGACUUCUGUCCUCAGUUCUCAGAUCAAACUCCUCCAGACUGAGAGAACUGGACCUGAGUAACAAUAACCUGCAGGAUUCAGGAGUGAAUCUGCUCUUUGCUGGACUGGAGAAUGCACACUGUACACUGGAGAUACUGAGGCUGUGUGAGUGUGAUCUCACAGAGGAAAGCUGUAGACUUCUGUCCUCAGUUCUCAGAUCAAACUCCUCCAGACUGAGAGAACUGGACCUGAGUAACAAUAAACUGCAGGAUUCAGGAGUGAAUCUGCUCUCUGCUGGACUGGAGAAUCCACACUGUACACUGGAGAUACUGAGGUUGUGUCGGUGUGACCUCACAGAGGAAAGCUGUAGACUUCUGUCCUCAGUUCUCAGAUCAAACUCCUCCAGACUGAGAGAACUGGACCUGAGUAGCAAUAACCUGCAGGAUUCAGGAGUGAAUCUGCUCUCUGCUGGACUGGAGAAUCCACACUGUACACUGGAGAUACUGAGGCUGUGUGAGUGUUAUCUCACAGAGGAAAGCUGUAGACUUCUGUCCUCAGUUCUCAGAUCAAACUCCUCCAGACUGAGAGAACUGGACCUGAGUAGCAAUAAACUGCAGGGUUCAGGAGUGAAGCUGCUCUCUGCUGGACUGGAGAAUCCACACUGUACACUGGAGAUACUGAGGCUGGAACUCUGCAGUAUUACAGGUGAAGGUUGUGUUGCUCUGGCUUCAGCUCUGAGGUCAAACACCUCAUCACACCUGAGAGAACUGAAUCUGAAACACAAUAAACCAGGAGAAUCAGGAAAGAAGCUGCUCUCUGAUCUACUGAAGGAUCCACACUGUAAACUGGAGAAACUACAGUUCUGGCCAUUUUUACUCUGAUCUCCAAUUCUCAACCUCAGAUGAUUAUGGAUUACAUGAACCUGUUCAAAUAAACAUUACAAAGUGUUU